CUGUCCAUGGAAUGCGCAGGCGCACUGGGGCGGACCUUCCCUCUUUUCGCCUCAGCCAAGCUGGUCCGCCAUAGAGAUAGAAAAAGAAGGCAUCUUCGGCGGCGCCACAUUAAUAGCCAGGCCGAGGAUGAUCCCCACGCCGCGGCACCCGCACUUAGGGCCAGAGGGACCCUUCAGCGAGGUCUACGAGCCCGCCGAGGACACCUUCCUGCUCCUGGACGCCCUCGAGGCGGACGCACCGGAGCUGCGGAGCGGCGGCAUUGGCAUCUGCCUUGAAGUAGGAUGUGGAUCUGGAGUUGUGUCAACUUUUGUGGCUUCAGUUAUUGGACCCAAAGCAUUAUACUUGUGCACUGAUAUCAAUCCUUUGGCAGCUCUGUGCACAGUGGAGACAGCUCUCUGUAAUAAUGUUAAUAUUCAACCCAUAAUUACUGAUCUGACAGUAGGAUUGUUGCCACGAUUACAUGGGAAAGUUGACCUACUGCUGUUUAAUCCACCCUAUGUGGUAACACCAUCUGCUGAGAUUCAAAAUCAUGGAAUAGAGGCAGCCUGGGCUGGAGGUAAAAAUGGCAGAGAAGUUAUGAACAGACUCAUCCCACUAGUGCCCACCAUACUUUCAGAAAAAGGAUUGUUUUACAUAGUUACAAUCCAAGAGAAUAAUCCAGAUGAAAUUAUUAAAAUAUUGGAGAGGCGUGGCUUAAAAGGUACCAAAGUACUUUGCAGACAAGCAGGAAGAGAAAACCUUUCAAUACUCAAAUUCUGCAGAUCCUGAAGAUGAGUCCUGAUGCCUACUGUCUUGCAAAGUGAAAGGGCAUUUGGUGCAGUAUCCAGAGGAAAGAAGGAUGAGAAGAUACUUGCUGCAGGUUUUGUGGCCUAUCGCAACAUCUGCAGAAUCUUGCUGUUGUCAUCUGGGUGAUAGAUGGAAAAGCUGCACACAGUGCACAAGACACUGCUAAUUUUUCCCUAUCCCAGAUACACAUGCUCCUCUCCCAUCAUGGAAUUUAUUCUCUAGCUUUCCAUCUUUUCUACUCCACCUGCUGAUGACAGACUAUACUUGAUAUGGUAGCAUUUGCUACUCUAAGCCCUGACCCAGAUCACUGCCUUCUACUGCCUUAACUAAGCUAAUGAGUAUGGUGGGUUUGUAACACUAAUGACUGGAAUGGAACCCACAGAUGAUUCUCAAUUAGAAAGUUAAGUCUAACUGUUUUAAACUAACCGUGAAUUAAAGUGACAGGCUUAUGUAAGUUCUAUUAUGUGAAGAUGUUUGUAUAAUAUAAUUGGUAUAGCCCAUAAGGGAAGGAAAUUAUUUCCUAAUAACCUACUGUGAUCCUAAAUUGAAAUAGAGGUUUGUUUUAUUGCUUUUAAAAAAUUAAAUGAAACAAAGACCAAUCCACUAAAUCUAUGCUAGCAGAAUCCAAGUGGGAAUGCAGGCAGAACAGGCCAGUGGACAUCAAAGGAAGAUCCUAUGUUUGCACAUAAAGUUAUUAUUAAAUGCUGAAAUUUCACAAGAACGUGGGCAUAGGACAAGGGUUUGUCGGAAUCAAGAUGUCAUUGCUUAAAAUGCAAUAAAUAACUCCACUAGAAUCAGACUUAAAUUUGUAUAAUGCCCAGUUCAUUAUGAAUUAUGGCUGGAUCUAAAGUCAUAUAAUACAGUUAUAUGGUCAGUGUAUAUUCAUAUAAUGUAGUUUGAACUGCACUGAGCUGUAUUAUAUGACUGUAAAUCCAAUCCAAGUCUAUUCCAUGGUGUAUUUUAAGAAAGCUCUUUAUAUUCCCUUUUUUACGUUAAAUAUUUAUUUCAAUCACAUUUUUUCAUCAUAAGCUAGCAUGUUCUUAAUAUUUUAUUUGAAGAAAUGCUGCUGAACACAUCAGAUGGAAUCAAGUAUACAAUUUAAAAUGGAAUUAAAUUUUGCUGAACUCAGGUGGUUAUGUGUAAACCGUACACAAUGUUGCUUGGCCAAGCCGUAUUUACUUGGUUUCCUUCUACAAAUGGAAUCAGAAGGGGGCAAUUGGCCUCCUUCCUGCUCUGCAAAAACCAGCUCCAGAUGGCUGUAGAACCCUUUACUGCUGCAGUAGUGCACACUUUUUACAAACCCAUCAAUUUUCAUCAGAAAUGUCAGAAAACUGUUUGAAUAAAUAAGUAAUCUUGAUGUAAGAAUUGCCAUAUACAAUAUUUUAAAUCAGACUUAUCAACUUAAGAAUUUUAUUUGUAAAUACAGCUAAACCUAAAUUAGCUUCUUUCACAGCUAAAUCUUGCUGUAAUUGUCUGCUCUCUGAAACAGAGAAGAUAGUAUUUCAGAAGAAGGUUUCUCGGCAGAGUGGACACGUGGACUUGUUACUAGAUGUAAACCAUUUGUACUAGAAGAAGAAGAAAACAGGGAUUAAUCAGUUUUGUUUGGCAUUUAGCAGUUAAUUUGACUUGAUUAAACUAUGCAAAAACAUAGUCUAGUGAACUUUUGAAAUUAAAACAACCCAUUUAUAAAGACAUUAGCUUACAAAUAUGUUCUUAACUGUAGGGAUAGGUUUUCUAUGUCCAUGUUGGCUGGAUAUGGUAGCAUUCAUGCCAACACAUCCAGAAAGCAUUUUAAGGAAGGCUGAUCUACUGUAUCUUCUCAUUAUGUGUUUUAAAAGAACUGACAUUACUCACAGCUUUGUUUUAUGUGAAUGAAAUCUGCAUAAUUUGCUGAGCAUUCAUUAAAAGUAUGGAUUAGUAUGAAGGAAA